AUGACACUCCAGGACCUCUCGCUCGGUUCUUUGCCUAGUUUCUCCACACCGGCAAAGUACCGGAUUCCCUCGACCUCCUCAGGGACAACUGCUCCUUCUUCAAAUGCGCUCAGCACUCCCUCUCCGGGUGCUAGCUUAACCCAGAGCAGGACAGAUGGUACUCUGGCUUCAACAACGAGCAAACGCUUGGCCUUUUCUAAGUUGACGAAUGACGAGGAUGAAGAGGAGCGCGAUGCCGAAGUACCGCGGACACCUGGUGAAGUUAAGGGAGAGCUUAUGGCUACACCUAUGCCUAGCCGCCUGUCAACCAAGCAGAAAUCGGGCUCAGGUGCAAAAGGAGCCACGAACCUCACUUUACGAGAUCAAGAGAAACACAUCGACGCGUUAAAGAAAGAAAACUUCAACAUCAAGUUGAAAGUACACUUUCUUGAGGAACGGCUAGCGCAACUCGCCCCUGAUCAGAUUGACGCUGCACUCAAACAGAAUAUAAAUCUCAAAAUUGAGGUACAGCAACGGGGAGUUGAAAUGAAGAAGUACAAGAAACUUGUACUAGAGUUGGAACGUGAGCUCCAGCGUCUGCAGCAAGGUCGUGGUAGGGAACGAGAGCUUGAGCAGAAGCUCGAGAACAUGGAGCACGACCUAAGAGAAGUCAGACGUCGAAAAGGCGGUAUCGGUCCCAUGGAUGAGGAACUGCGUGAAGAGAACGAGGAACUUAAGAAUCAGGUGGUAGAACUGAGGGCCCAGAUCGAGGAGAAUUACGCUGAGAUGCAAGAACUGGCCGCAGAACUGGAAAGGAAAGGCGGUGCGGAAGCUACUGCGGCUGAUAUGAGCCAACGACGAUCGCGUCUUGAAGCUCGAAUCAGGGAGCUGGAAGAUGAGAAUGAGGAUCUCCACGUAAAGCUUGACGAUCACGCCGAACGUAGUGAGAGCCAACUGAGGAUGUAUGAGAACCAAGAAGAGCGAGAAGCGAUGGAGGAUACUAAUAAUGAGUUGAGGGACAAGCUAGCUGCCGCGGAAAUUGAGCUGAACAUGAAAGAUGACGAGCUCACUUCAAAGGACAGAGAGAUUCAAGAAAUCAUUAGGGAGAACGAACGCGCAGCUGACGAACUCAACAAAGAAUGGCGGCAGGAAGUGGAUGAAGCACGAAACCAAGUCGAGGAGCUCCGCGAUGUACGUCCUGUCCCUUUCUCUUAUGUUCUCGCCGAACGAGAUGCUGAUUCCAAAGAACUCCGAAUGCACGUCUCAGAAUUAGAGGCGAAUACCACGGACCUUCAUAACAAAUUUGAAGCAGCCCUGGCCCAUCUAGAGCAAGAAGCCGAAGAAAAGGAUGCGGAAAUCGAGAGUGCAAAUCGCGAGAUUCAGAAGCUCGGUCAGCGAGUGUUUGAGCUCGAGGAUGAACUUGACAAUGUCAAAGCGAUGAGCGAUAAGAUUCGCGAUGAAGAAGCGAUGGAGAGAGACAGGUUAGACACUAUGGUCUCUGCCCUUAAAGAGGAGGAGCUUGCUCAGCAUGUUGAGAACCUCGUGGAGGAGAUGCAUCGUGAGCGGGAACUGCGACAGAAGGUUGAAUUCGAGCUCGACACGCAGGCGAAUUCGCAUGAUGCCGCUCUUCGUUCAGAACGGCGUACACUUGAGGCAAAGGAAUCCGCACUGCAGUCUGCACUUGCAGAUCUUGCGCGUACUCAGGCGCUUUUGACUCAACGAGACGCGGAUCUCGAAGAUGUACAGGCUGUGUUGCGAGAGCAGGAGGCAGAAGUACGCAAGCGCGGUGAGAAUGCUACGGCGGAUCGUUUCUCUCUGCAACUUGAAGUUGAUCGACUACGUCGCGAUGCCGAUAGACUCGAGGAGGAACUGUCGCGCGCACGUGCAGAACUUGCUGCGAAAGAGACGAAGAUGCGCGAGCGAGAUGAUGCCGUGGAUCGGUUGCAUGCUGAGAACCGGGAUCUCACAACGCAACUUGCGUCACAAACUCAGGCGCGUUUGAACAUGAUUGAGAAGCUGGAUGCUUCGCAGAACAGUCUGCGCACGGCAGAAUCGGAGUUGGCUUCAUGCAAGCAGCGACUGAGCGACUUGGAGCAGAGGCUAUCCAAGGAUCAGAGAUCGUUGCUCAACAGUGAGAAGAACUACACCGAGCAAUUGCACGAGCGAAAUUCGCUUCUGCUAACUAUCUACUCGUACAUGGAUAAAAUCCUUGGAGUAGAAAAAAUGCCUCCAGAGACGAAACCCUUUACCAAUUUCCCUGUCUUCCACGAAUUGAUCAUGACGCGACUCAAAGCUCUCAACCAGAUUGCGACUGACUUUGAGAAGAGGAGUAAAGAAAUUGAGACGCGGUACACGGAUAAACUGAACGAGAUCCGGAAGCAGAUCGAUUCGAAAUGGAAGCAGAUUGACAAGUUUGAUGUAUCUGUCCGAAACCUCAUGGACCAGAAGCACCUUUGGAAACGCAAGCUUGCUCUUAAGGAAGGAGAACUUGAAGCUCUGAAGUCAACGAAUUCAGAGCUGCAGACCCAGGUCUCUUCAAGACGACAUGGACAAUCUGAGUCGCUCGAGAUCAAAUCUCUACAAGCACGAGCAGCAAAUGCCGAACGCAGACUCACGAAUGCACAGAACCAGCUGCUGGCGGCUGAAGAAAAGAUGGCUGCGAUGAACCAGAAGACAACCGUAGCUGACAAUAAAUGGGAAGCACGCGUAAAGGAGUACGAGUCUCGGCUCCGCGCGGCUGAGGAACGUGUGAAGCGUGAACGGCAGGGCGCGAAGGAGAGAGUGAAUGAGCUAGAGACGACAAUAAAGUCGUAUCGACGGCAAAUCGACAUAGCAAGCAAGCGCAAUCAGCAACUCAAUGAGCUCGUCGACCCCAACAAGGCAUCUUCUCCGAAGCAAUGA